AUGCUAUCAUGCAAUAUAUACCUAUAUAUAGAUAGUACUACACAUGCCACAACCCGGCAAGUACCAAAUACGUCACGCCCUGGGGGUAGCCCUGGCUUACCUCAGCGUGCCAGCCGACCCCUCGAACAAACUUGUCCACGGAUUAAAGGUGUAAAACAGGCGUCUGCAGGGCCUCCGAUAACUCUUCCCCUGAUCAACUGUCGCCUCGCCAAGAUGAGCGCUCCUCCGCCGAACGAAGCUGAGAAGAAUAUUGAGAUCUGGAAGGUCAAGAAGCUGAUCAAGCGUCUUGAAGCCGCUCGUGGAAAUGGAACCUCCAUGAUUUCGCUCAUUAUCCCCCCCAAGGAUCAGGUUAGCAGAGCAGCCAAGAUGUUGGCUGAAGAGUAUGGUACCGCCUCCAACAUUAAAUCUCGAGUGAACCGACUCUCCGUGCUGUCGGCCAUUACGUCUACUCAGCAGCGUCUGAAGCUCUACAACAAGGUCCCUCCCAAUGGACUGGUCGUGUACUGUGGUGAAAUUAUCACCUCGGAAGGAAAGGAGCGCAAGAUUAACAUCGACUUCGAACCUUUCAAGCCCAUCAACACAUCCCUCUACCUGUGUGACAACAAGUUCCACACCGAGGCAUUGAGUGAGCUUCUCGAGGCCGAUCAGAAGUUCGGUUUCAUUGUCAUGGACGGUAACGGUACUUUGUUCGGUACUCUCAGUGGCAACACCCGUGAGAUCCUUCAGCGUCUCACCGUUGAUCUGCCCAAGAAGCACGGCCGUGGUGGUCAAUCUGCGCUGCGUUUCUCGCGUCUCCGUGAGGAAAAGCGCCACAACUACGUGCGCAAGAUCGCCGAAUUGGCUGUUCAGAACUACAUCACCAACGACAAGCCCAAUGUCGCCGGUAUUGUGUUGGCUGGUUCCGCCGAUUUCAAGAACGAUCUUAACCAGUCCGACCUGUUCGAUGGUCGUCUGCAAUCCAAGGUUAUCAAGAUUGUCGAUGUUUCCUACGGUGGCGAGAACGGUUUCAACCAGGCCAUCGAAUUGGCUGGCGAGACCCUGAGCAACGUCAAGUUCGUUCAGGAGAAGAAGCUUAUCAACCAGUACUUCCAGGAGAUCAGCCAAGACACCGGCAAGGUCUGCUAUGGUAUUGAAGAUACCCUCAAGGCAAUGGAGCUUGGUGCAGCCGAAAUCUUGAUCGUCCACGAGAACUUGGAAAUCACUCGCUGGGUCAUGAAGAACUCCGCAGGCGCUCAGGUGAUCGUCCACACGACUAAGGCCCAGGAAGCCAACAAGGAUAUCUUCCAAGACAAGGAAACCGGAAUGGAUAUGGAGGUUGUCGAGUCAGGCUCUUUCCUCGAAUGGCUUGCCGAGGCCUACAAGGACUUUGGUGCCAACCUGGAGUUCGUGUCUGAUCGAUCCGGCGAAGGAAACCAGUUCGUCAAGGGUUUCGGUGCGACGAUGACGAGUUCUACGAUGAUUGACGGCGGCUCCCGCGAUGGAACUAAGGCAUCCGUGAAGGAUAACCAAAAAAGGCCUGGUCCACGCCCCGUGAAGCUGCUCAGAGUGUCGUCCAAGCUCCAAGAUACGCACACUGAGCUCGCCUCAGUGUCUGAGAUGAAGAAGAGGUUUAAAUUGCAAUUUGAAAGGUUGGGUGCAGUAAUCUGCAACGUUUGGUCGUCCACCGCUGCUUGCACUGCUUACUCUAUGUAA